AUGGCCAAGGGUAAAGAUGUCAGAGUCAGAGUUAUUUUGGAAUGUACCAGUUGUGUCCGAAAUAGUGUCAAUAAGGAAUCGCGGGGCAUUUCUAGAUAUAUUACUCAAAAGAAUCGCCACAAUACACCCAGUCGAUUAGAAUUGAGAAAAUUUUGUCGCUAUUGUCAUAAGCAUACAAUUCAUGGGGAAAUCAAGAAAUAG